GCGAGCUGGAACAUCCAUCCUGCUUCUCCGCGUGAGACACCGAUCAAGUGCACUUUGUGUGUGACACGGAAUGAAAGUGGUUUACUUUCCGCAAGAAGGAAUCGAAGCGCGCCUGUAAAAAUAACACAAACGCGCUGAGAAGAUGCAACCACUUUCAAGAUGGACUUUGCUGCUUUUUCUCGGAGGUUCGCUGCCACAAGGAAGCUUUGCAUCAAAAGCAGAGGACCACCUCUUCAGGAAGCUUUUCAGGAGGUACAACCAGUUUAUCAGGCCGGUGGAGAACGUCUCAGACCCUGUCACGGUGGAGUUUGAAGUCUCCAUCUCACAGCUGGUCAAAGUUGAUGAAGUCAAUCAGAUCAUGGAAACUAAUUUGUGGCUUCGGCAUAUCUGGAAUGACUACAAGCUGCGAUGGAUGCCGGCCGAGUUUGAUGGAAUUGAGUUCAUUCGAGUUCCAUCCAACAAGAUCUGGAGACCCGACAUUGUCCUCUACAACAAUGCCGUCGGGGACUUCCUGGUGGAAGAUAAAACCAAAGCUCUGCUGAAGUUUGAUGGUACGAUUACCUGGAUUCCUCCCGCCAUUUUCAAAUCCUCCUGCCCCAUGGACAUCACCUACUUCCCCUUCGACUAUCAGAAUUGCUCCAUGAAGUUCGGAUCUUGGACCUACGACAAAGCCAAGAUUGACCUGGUACUGAUUGGGUCGAAGGUCAACCUGAAGGACUUCUGGGAGAGUGGCGAGUGGGAGAUCAUUGACGCACCGGGCUACAAGCAUGACAUCAAGUACAACUGUUGCGAGGAGAUCUACCCAGACAUUACAUACUCCUUCUACAUCCGUCGCCUGCCACUCUUCUACACCAUCAACCUCAUCAUCCCCUGCCUCCUCAUCUCUUUCCUCACAGUGCUGGUUUUCUAUCUCCCUUCCGACUGUGGAGAGAAGGUCACGCUCUGUAUCUCCGUCCUGCUCUCCCUCACUGUCUUUCUACUGGUUAUCACCGAGACCAUUCCCUCCACGUCUCUGGUCAUCCCGCUAAUCGGAGAGUAUCUGCUCUUCACCAUGAUCUUCGUGACACUCAGCAUUGUCAUCACCGUCUUUGUGUUGAACGUGCAUUAUCGCACACCCAUGACGCACACCAUGCCAGGCUGGGUGCGCUCCGUCUUUCUCAAAGUGUUGCCAAGGAUUAUGUUGAUGCGGAGACCGACUGAUGAAGACACCAAGGCUGGAGGCUCGGAAAGCAGUGGGGAGGCAGGAGGAGCUGGAGGGGGAGGAGGAGGCGGAGGAGGCAAGAAGAGGAAGAAUAAUUUGAUGCAGCAGUUUGGAGGAGGUUCCCUCAACUGUUUGGAGUUUGGGGACAGUAAGUUUUCCGUGGAGGAAUGCACAGAGACACAGUGCUCCUGCCCCUGCCAGCAUGGGAAGGAAAGUCCCAAAUCGACAAAAGCUGGAACGUUACCAUGUCGGUUGAGUCCGCAGAGCAUGACCUCAGUGGUCACCUUCUCCAUGGUGUCACCGGAGAUCAAGCAUGCCAUCGAGAGUGUCAAGUAUAUUGCUGAAAACAUGAGGAGCCGGAACAAAGCCAAGGAGGUGGAGGAUGACUGGAAGUAUGUUGCCAUGGUGAUUGACAGAAUCUUCCUUUGGGUGUUUGUGACCGUGUGCGUCCUGGGAACCGUGGGCCUCUUCCUCCAACCUCUCUUUGGCUUUCUCUCAUAGCGACAACUCUGGUUUGACCAUCCUGGCGCAGUGAAGACGGACGCUUUGAUGCGCUGCUCUUCAUUUUUGUCAUGCCUUCAUUUCACGCUUAUUAUGGAUGUGUAUUAUUUUACCCAAAUAGCACGACAUAAUAAGGGAUUGGUUUUAAAGGGUUUGGAAAAAAGUUUAGAAAAAAAAUAAGAUGAUAAAUGAUGAACUUUGUUUGCUUAAAAAUGUCAUUUUCUGGUCACUGUUAGUUUUAGCAAAAGGAAACCUUAUUGAAUAAUGUAGGAAACACACAGUGAAACCUCGGUUCAUGUAGGCGUACGCUUUCCAGUUGGCCUCGGCGGGCGUCUUGUCACGUUAUUAAUACACUGCCUGAGUAGCUGUGUUGUUAAUAGAUUUUUUUUUAUCACAAAACAUCUUUCUUAGCAGCCUAUUAGCUGAAAAAAACCACAAAUUGGAUGUUUUUUCAUAGUUUUACAACAUGAUGUAGCAGCGCGAUGAACACGGACACCACCUUAGUGUUUUGCUAUGAGUUAUUAUAAUUCAUUAGUGUUUCUCACAUUCUUUAUCAAAAUGCUAGCACUUUUUUGGCUCCAUUUUGGGUUAUUUUUUAGCCCUGACCAAAAGAAGAGCAGAGACUUGAGGUGAGAAACACUAUCGAAUUCAAGAAAUAACUCAUGGCAAAACAUGGAGGUGGUGUCCCUGUUGAUCUUGCUGUCUCAUCGUGUCUUUGACAACAAUCACGUCUUCAGUGAGAGUAAAGUAACCUUGAAUGUUCACGGAUUCAUUGGAUUUACAUGUGUUGGUAUGGGAAAAAUUGAUUGGGUUAGAGUAUAUUUUGGUUAGAGUCGGACAUCCUUCGUAUUACUCACAGCUAACUUCAACUAUGUCCAAUACGGUUUCAAGCUUGCUGUAAUUUUGUGUCUUUGGGCUCAUGGCACCGGCACAUUUCUGUGUUUGCAUGAUUGAAAACAUAUAUUGUAUAUCUGGCUGGAAUUCAGAUACACUUCCACUUCCUGUAAAGUCUUUUGAAUUUUGUGGCUUUUCAGAAACAUAUUAAUGACGUUGUCAUGUUGUUUUGUGGUUAAAUACAGACCAUUAUUGUCAAAAACAUGCAUAUUUAAGCUAAUACUAUGUCGUGUUUUGCUUAAAUGAAGCAUUUUCAAGCAUACUAAAAUACAAAUUCACAAGAUGCAUUCAAAAAUGUUGAUGAUACAUUGAUCACUAGGUGUCAGUGAUGGUGCUGAAAUGUUCGGCACCAGACUUAAUUAUCGGAACAUUGCAUGUUUGAUUUGUCUCAGAGGAAGAAAAAAUAACCCCUGAUAAAAAUAGGCUACUAAUCUGAAAGGCCGGCAUCACUUCCUGCCCGCCACUCACUCUGCUUUCCUAAGGAACACAUUUAUAUGUACUUGUCUUAUGUCUUAAAUGGCUUUUUUGCUCGUAUUACGUUUACUAUAUAGGUAUUAUGAAUGUAAAGGUGACCAUAGGGGUGUUAUUUCAUGUCUAGAGGGCUCUAAUAGACAGGUUUUCUACGCUCUAACUCUUAGAAAAUAUUAUAUUUCUGAAUAAGGACUCAUACUGUGCAGAAAUUCAAUUAUCACCGUCGGCUAUGGAUCUAAUUCCCUCACUCAUUCAUUAUGUCCUGUUUAUCCUCACAAGGGUUGCGGGGGUGCUGGAGCCUAUCCCAGCUGUCUUGGGGCGAGAGGCGGGGUCCACCCUGGACUGUUGGCCAGCCAAUCCCAGGGCACAUAUAGACAAACAACCAUUCCCACCCACAUUCAUACCUAUGGACAAUUUGGAAUGGCCAA